GCCCCUCGGCGGUGCCGCCAGACGGCGGCGGCCGGGCUGGGCUGGGCUGGGCUGGGCUGAGCCGAGCUGAGCUGAGCUGGGCCGGGCUGGGCCGGGCGCUGCCGGCAGCGCAUCCCCCGCCCCGCUCCGCCCCGCAGCCGCGGCCAUGACCGACAACAUCCCGCUGCAGCCCGUCCGGCAGAAGAAGCGCAUGGACAGCAAGCACCGCGGAGGGUGCUGUGAGUGCUUGAGAUGCUGUGGCAGGAGGGACCCCAGGCCUCGAACUGUCUGGCUUGGCCACCCUGAGAAGAGGGAGCAGAGAUACCCUCGAAAUGUCAUCAACAACCAGAAAUACAACUUCUUCACCUUCCUCCCUGGGGUGUUGUUUAACCAGUUCAAAUACUUCUUCAACCUUUACUUCUUGCUCUUGGCCUGCUCUCAGUUCGUGGUUGAGAUGAGGCUUGGUGCCCUUUACACAUACUGGGUUCCUCUGGGCUUUGUGCUGGCUGUCACCGUGAUCCGCGAGGCGGCCGAGGAGCUGCGCUGCUACACGCGGGACAAGGAGGUGAACUCGCAGAUCUACAGCAAGCUCACAGCCAGAGGGACUGUCAAGGUGAAGAGCUCUAACAUUCAAGUGGGUGACCUCAUCAUUGUGGAAAAGAACCAGAGGGUCCCUGCUGACAUGAUCUUCCUGAGGACGUCGGAGAAGAAUGGCUCCUGCUUCCUCCGCACGGACCAGCUGGACGGGGAGACGGACUGGAAGCUGCGCCUGCCUGUCAGCUGCACCCAGCGCCUGCCCACGGCCUCUGACCUGCUGCAAACCCGCUCCUACGUCUACGCAGAGGAGCCCAACAUUGACAUCCACAACUUUGUGGGGACCUUCACCAGGGAGGACAGUGACCCUCCAGUAAAUGAGAGCUUAAGCAUAGAAAACACCCUGUGGGCCAGCACAGUGAUUGCAUCAGGUACUGUGGUGGGAGUUGUGCUCUACACGGGGAGGGAGCUGCGCAGUGUGAUGAACACUUCCAACCCAAGAAGUAAGAUUGGCCUCUUUGAUUUGGAGGUGAACUGCCUCACCAAGAUCCUGUUUGGGGCUCUGGUGGUGGUGUCCCUGGUCAUGGUGGCCCUCCAGCACUUUGCAGGCCGUUGGUACCUGCAGAUCAUCAGAUUCCUGCUGCUGUUCUCCAACAUCAUUCCCAUCAGUUUACGUGUCAAUCUGGACAUGGGGAAGAUUGUGUACAGCUGGGUGAUCCGCAGAGAUUCCAAAAUCCCUGGCACUGUGGUUCGCUCCAGCACCAUCCCUGAGCAGCUGGGGAGGAUUUCCUAUCUGCUGACAGACAAAACAGGGACUCUCACCCAGAACGAGAUGGUUUUCAAGAGGCUGCACCUGGGCACGGUGGCCUACGGGCUGGACUCCAUGGACGAGGUGCAGAGCCACAUAUUCAGCAUCUACACACAGCAGCCGCAGGAGCCGCCGGCCGCCAAGGGGCUGUCGGUGGCCACCAAGGUGCGGCGCAGCAUGAGCAGCCGCGUGCACGAGGCCGUCAGGGCCAUCGCCCUGUGCCACAACGUCACCCCCGUCUACGAGUCCAACGGCGUCACCGACCAGGCCGAGGCCGAGCGCCACUACGAGGACUCCUGCAGGGUGUACCAGGCCUCCAGCCCCGACGAGGUGGCCCUGGUGCAGUGGACAGAGAGUGUGGGUCUGACUCUGGUGGGCAGAGACCAGUCCUCAGUGCAGCUGAGGAGCCCAGGGGGGCACAUCCUCAACUUCACCAUCCUGCAGAUCUUCCCCUUCACCUACGAGAGCAAGCGCAUGGGAAUCAUCGUGCGGGAUGAAUCCUCGGGAGAGAUCACCUUCUACAUGAAGGGGGCAGAUGUGGUGAUGGCUGGCAUCGUGCAGUACAACGACUGGCUGGAGGAGGAGUGUGGUAACAUGGCUCGGGAGGGCCUGAGGGUUCUGGUCGUGGCCAAGAAGUCUCUGACAGAGGAGCAGUAUCAGGACUUUGAAGCCCGCUACGUCCAGGCCAAGCUGAGUGUUCACGACCGCUCGCUCAAGGUGGCCACGGUGAUCGAGAGCCUGGAGAUGGAGAUGGAGCUGCUGUGCCUCACUGGGGUGGAGGACCAGCUGCAGACAGAUGUCAGGCCCACUCUGGAGACCCUGAGGAACGCUGGCAUCAAGGUGUGGAUGCUGACAGGGGACAAGCUGGAGACAGCCACGUGUACAGCCAAGAACGCUCAUCUGGUGACACGGACACAGGACAUCCAUGUGUUCAGACUAGUGACAAACCGAGGAGAAGCUCACCUGGAGCUGAACGCCUUCCGCCGCAAGCACGACUGUGCCCUGGUCAUCUCGGGGGACUCACUGGAGGUGUGCCUCAAGUACUACGAGUGCGAGUUCAUGGAGCUGGCGUGCCAGUGCCCCGCCGUGGUGUGCUGCCGCUGCGCGCCCACGCAGAAGGCGCAGAUCGUGCGGCUGCUGCAGGAGAGGACGGGCAGGCUCACCUGUGCCGUGGGUGAUGGAGGGAAUGAUGUUAGCAUGAUUCAGGAGGCUGACUGUGGUGUUGGAGUUGAAGGAAAGGAAGGGAAGCAGGCAUCGCUGGCAGCUGAUUUCUCCAUCACCCAGUUCAAGCACCUGGGUCGCUUGCUGAUGGUCCAUGGAAGGAACAGCUACAAGAGGUCUGCAGCCCUCAGCCAGUUUGUGAUCCACAGGAGCCUCUGCAUCAGCACCAUGCAGGCUGUUUUCUCAUCAGUGUUUUACUUUGCUUCAGUUCCUCUCUACCAAGGCUUCCUCAUCAUUGGGUACUCCACAAUUUACACCAUGUUUCCUGUGUUUUCUCUUGUCCUGGACAAGGAUGUGAAAUCUGAAGUUGCAAUGUUGUACCCAGAGCUCUACAAAGAUCUUCUUAAGGGACGACCAUUGUCAUACAAAACAUUUUUAAUCUGGGUCUUGAUAAGCAUUUAUCAAGGUAGCAUCAUCAUGUAUGGAGCACUCCUGCUGUUUGAAUCCGAAUUUGUGCACAUUGUUGCCAUCUCCUUCACCUCCCUGAUUCUCACCGAGCUGCUGAUGGUGGCCCUGACGAUCCAGACGUGGCACUGGCUGAUGAUCGUGGCUGAGCUGCUCAGCCUCUCCUGCUACAUUGCUUCCCUGGUCUUCCUGCACGAGUUCAUUGAUGUUUACUUCAUUGCCACCCUGUCGUUCCUGUGGAAGGUCACUGUCAUCACCCUGGUGAGCUGCCUGCCCCUCUACGUCCUCAAGUACCUGAGACGGAGGUUUUCUCCCCCCAGCUACUCGAAGCUCACGUCCUAGGGCUGCUCCAGGCACCAGACAGACCUUGCCCAGGGCCCAGAGACAAAGCCCAGCUCAGAACAGUGGUAAAAUCUCUGUUACCUGCUGCUCCAGUGAGAGACUCAGCCUGCCCUGGACAGGAACUAACGCCAGAGUGUGUUUGGAGGGUGGAGGCUCUGAGUUCAUCCAGUUCUUGGCACUUUUGUUCUGCUUGACUGGGGUCAGAUGCAUGGAGCUGCCAUGGCAAUGGGUUUCUCUUGCAUGGUUCAAAGUCUGUGGAAGCUGCUACCUGACCUUGGGAUUUACAUUUGACAAUUUACAGUGAAUUUUUUUUAAGUGUCUGCGCUGUUCUUUGCAUUGUGUUAUGUUGGUUUUUUUUUUUUUUUUUUUUUUUAUGUUAUUUGUCUUUUUGGUUCAAGUAGUUACAUUCUUUGUACAUCUUGGAAAUCCCUUAAUGUAGGUGAUGCACUGCAGUGCUGACAGCUGAUUCCUGAUUUAUGGCACGUUGUUUCCAUAAUGGGGCUCCAGCCUGUCGGAUCUACACACGCUGGAGAGAGAAUCUGAGCGUGGCUGAGAUUUCCCUUCCCUUGAAAUGUGGUCACCCCAGUGAUUCUGGAGGUAUCCAGCCAUUGAUAAAGACAGAGAAGUGGUAGCUCAAAACCAGAGAAUUCAGUUUUGUUUGGCUUUUGUGCUUCCUGUUAAAAGGAGCCGGUGACAUAAUAGUUUUACUCUGUAUUUAUUUGUGUAGCAGAAAAUUAUCUAAACUAAAGCAAAUCCUCUUUGGAACAGAACUUUGCAGUUGAUCAUCCUUGAAAUGUGUCGACAACGUGAGAAGAGACUCGUGCUGUUGUGCAGACAAUGUGGCAGACGUGUCUUGAAUCCUUGGAGACUGAGAGGAGAGGUCACAGAGCUGCUGCUCCUCACAGCUCCAUGAAAUCUGUUUCCUGUUAGUGUGAAACUUUGAGGAUGAGCUGCAAAUAAGCAGAGGCACUGCUAGGUGCUUUAAUGACAUGCUCCCUGCAGAGAGGCAGUUUUUGGAACCUUGCACUUGCUUGGCUCUAAAAACCAGACCUGAAUCACAGGAGUGGGGUCAUACAAAGGCAUUGGGUAUGUGCAGAGCAAAUUUGUGCAUUUUUAAUUUUCAGAAAUCAAACUCAGUGAGUUCUGUCAUUAUUAUAAAUUUUGGUCCACAUUAUAAUAUCAUGAGGAGAGCAACACGUGCUUGGACUUCUCAGCAGAAGGACAGAGACUUGCAGGGACUUCUAGAGCUGGGUUGGUGCAUCAGACACCCUGAGCUCUUCCUGGCAGCCAUCCUUGUGUGAGGCUCUUCAGGCUGAGAUAAAUCAGUUGUUUGCUGUUUCCUUCCACACCAGAGACAGCACGGGCAGAGCUGGCACUGCCUGGUGCUGGUGUUCCUUGGCUGCACAGGAGGGAAAGAGCCCAGAGCCUGACUCCUGUCCCAAAUCAGAGCCCAGAGCCUGACUCCUGUCCCAAAUCAGAGCCCGACUCCUGUCCCAAAUCAGAGCCCAGAGCCUGAAUCCUGUCCCAAAUCAGAGCCUGACUCCUGUCCUAAAUCAGAGCCCAGAGCCUGACUCCUGUCUCAAAUCAGAGCCCAGAGCCUGACUCCUGUCCUAAAUCAGAGCCCAGAGCCUGACUCCUGUCCCAAAUCAGAGCCUAGAGCUCCUGUCCUAAAUCAGAGCCUGACUCCUGUCCCAAAUCAGAGCCCAGAGCCUGAAUCCUGUCCCAAAUCAGAGCCUAGAGCCUGACUCCUGUCCUAAAUCAGAGCCCAGACCCUGAGCUCCCUUCUGGGAGCUGGGCUCACAGCUUUCUGUGCAUUAAUGCCAUUUUGCCAGAAAAAUCCUUAAUGUUGUCUUCAUCCUGACUGGAUAACUUUGGCUGUGCCACUGUUCUGGAGUCCCCAGACAGCAUUUCACAGAAUCAUGGAAUGGUUUGGGUUGGAAGGGACCUUAAAUCCCACCCAGUGCCCCCCUGCCAUGGCAGGGACACCUCCCACUGUCCCAGUGUCCAGUCUGGCCUUGGGCACUGCCAGGGAUCCAGGGGCAGCCAGGGCUGCCCACCCUCAAAGGGCAGAAUUUCUUCUCAAUAUCCCAUCCAAUUUGCUUUCACUAGUUUAAGUACAAGAACCAAGAGUUCCUUUUGGCCCCAGGUGGUGACUGAGCAGCUCUGUCCCUCUCCUGUGUGCUGGUAGCUCCAUGUCCUACAACAGUGCCAAGCUACUGUGUGUAAAUAUUUGAGACAUAUAAAUGGUAGAAUUCACUGUUUCCUCAAGUCAAUACAGUUUACACUGAGUGGACCAUAUUUGCAAACUAUUAGCUUACACCAAGAAAGGGAGUGAACUGUGAUUUCAUCUGUAUUUAUUGAAUCAUAGGUUUAGUAGAAUAUUUAGUAGAGUUACAGUGAUCUAUAGCUGUGUGUUGGGGUGUGGAUUGUGUUCUUUGCAGCUUUUCCACAAGGUAGUAAAUCCAGGAAGCCAUUUCUGCCUGGAUGUACACUACAUUUUUUCAAAGCAGUCAGAGACUAAAACUGCCAUCUAACAAACAGCAGGAAAGAGGAACCCUUCUGUUUUUCAAGUUUAGCACUUUAUGUUUGCAACCCAUUUCUCUUAAGUUGUUUAAAAAUGUUUUUAAAAGCAAAAUUUAAUACACAUGUUCCUAUUUAAUGUACAUUAAAAUAAAUGGAUUCUCUGCUGGAAAUUUCAUCUUUUCCUCUAGUAUGCUCAUAAUUUGUGCUUCUGGGGAGUGAGGCAUUGUUUUCUUCUCCUGUGUAGUAUCUUGUUUGUGGCUUAGUGUCCUUCCUGCAGCUUUAUCUGUGUGGGUUAUGUGCUGCAGCAGUUCAUGGUGACCUGUGUGCUUUGGGGCUGCUCCAGGUGCUUUCCCUGGGUGCCAGUGUGAGUCUCUGUGCUCCUGCUGCCCCUGGCUGUGAACACCCCGUGCUGAGCUGCUGCAGGGUGGGGUUUUGUGGCACACACUGUUCUCUUCCUGCACCUGUGCAGUAAUUCAGGUGUGUCACAGCCCUCUCCAUCCCCUAACUCUGCAUCUCUCUCCUCCACAGAGCUUCUGUGCAAACAUUUGCUUAGCUCAGCUCAUGGUGCAGUGGAAACCCAACGUUGUGUGUUCAGCAGCAGCAGCUUCAGCCUGUGCAGGGUGUGCUCAGAGCUGGCUGGGGGUGGUCAGGACCAUCCCUGGUGUGUCCUCGAGGUCAGAGCUGGCUGAGGGUGGUCAGGACCAUCCCUGUGUCCCUUUGAGCUCAGGACUGGCUGAGAGUGGUCAGGACCAUUCCUGUGUCCCUUUGAGCUCAGAGCUGGCUGGGGGUGGUCAGGACCAUCCCUGGUGUCCCUUUGAGCUCAGGACUGGCUGGGGGUGGUCAGGACCAUCCCUGGUGUCCCUUUGAGCUCAGGACUGGCUGAGGGUGGUCAGGACCAUCCCUGUGUCCCCUCAAGCUCAGGACUGGCUGGGGGUGGUCAGGACCAUCCCUGUGUCCCUUGAGCUCAGGACUGGCUGAGGGUGGUCAGGACCAUCCCUGGUGUCCCCUCAAGCUCAGGACUGGCUGGGGGUGGUCAGGACCAUCCCUGUGUCCCUGGAGCUCAGGGCUGUGCUGGGAGCUGCACCAGAGAUGUUUUCUGUCCCAUUCAAAGCCCAGGACAGCCUCUCCCUCUGGAGCUGAGCUGGGUUUGUCAGGGAGCCCCAGGUCAGAGGGGGAUCCCUAAAGCUGCUCUCUGGGGUUUCUGUGCCAGAACCUUCUGCUGCACCAUCCCUGAUGUGCUCUGCCCCGGGGUGUGAGCCCUGCCUGGUCAGUCCCAAGCUGCUGCUGUGGGGUUGGGCUCAUCCCACAGUGCCCAUUCAGCAGGAGCUGGGCAGGCCCUUGAUUUAUUAUUAUUAGUUAUUCCAUAAGUGUGAAACUAUGAUUUGCAUGAAAUCCUGUGGUUCACAGCUUUGCCAAUAUGGUCCAUUACUACUGCCUACAACUCGUGUACUUCUAUGCCUUUGGGAACAUUUUUAAUUGUUAAAAUUGUUUUAAAAAUCAAUGUUGAGUUAAUUUAAUUUUUAAUGGGGAAAUUGAUUCUGGUGUCAAAAUGGUAUUUACUGUGAUGCUGAUGUUUUGUACCUGUCAUCCAGCUAAACAACCUGUAAAUACUCCUGAGUCAAGAGAAUGGCAAUUAUUUAUUGUUCUGUGGAGUUACAUGUGGCAGAUGUGUAAGAACUUUAAAGGGAAUGUUGUAAAACAAGGUGGAAAAAAUAAAUUUUAUGCAACUCCUUUAUUUCA